UUGGGCACCACCCUGAGGCAAGCACCAAGAUGCAAGCUGCGUAGGCAUCUUGCUGGUCGCCUCGAGUGGAAGUCCAGCGAUGGCACCCUAUGUAGGCUGGUUAGCACAGACCCUGGCGACGAGGUAUCGAUACAUCGUAUGUACAGUACGUACAGGAACCUCGGACGAGUUACGGUACCACCUGAUGCCGAGAGAGUACGAGAAAGUCGAUCUCGAUCUCGAGUUCGGACAACCCGGUUUUCGGACUGCAUGUGCAGCCGGCUCUGGCUGGGCAGCUGCAAACUGCAAUGCAUUGCAUGCACUCUUUCCCCGCACAAGCGCAAAAGUUCCCACCAGUGUAGUUUUCUGAGGAUAAAGCGUCUCCCCUCUGCAACUACCCUUCAAAGCGACCCCAAAGAGCACCCAUUUGGGCAAGGUGUCUAACUCAGUUCGCCGUUGAAACCCUCCAUAUCCUCAGCGAUUAUGACCACAAUGGAGGACGAUCGCCGACCUGACCAAGAUGAACCUCUGCAUAAGCGACGGAAGCUGGACUCCGCUGCAGGUGUUAGCUUUGAAUCACAACCUGUCAACUCAGACAGUCGUGACGAAGGCGACGAGGAGGGCGACGAGGAGAAACGUGAGCUAGGGCCGUGGGAAACCUCCUCUAACGAAGCCGUCUACUUGAAGUUCGUGAACAACGAUAUGUUAACGGGCGCAAAUAGAAAGGACAAGUGGAUGACAGAGAGAGAACAACAAGUAUUUCAUCCGGAGUUUACGUAUCCGAUAUUUGGAAUGGAGGAGGUCAUCUAUGGAUACAAGGAUCUAAAAAUCGACAUCCAUUGCUCUGCUUCCACUCUGUACACGUAUCUCAGCGUGACGCAUAAUGGCACUGCAGAAGGCCUCACGACGAGGAAGCCAGACGAUGUCGUGUCGCUCCUGAAGCAGUACCUCCCGCCAGACGUUACCGAAGACCUUGAUUAUUUCAAUAGGCGCGUAAGGGCAGACGAGGACUGCUUCGUACCUCUUGGCGAGCCGAUUGGGGAAUACCUGAGCACUGAAGAGAGGGAUGUGUGCUAUGAACUUUACCAUGUCACAUUCAUCACACCCGGUUUCGUCGAUUUGCAUCGUAGAUUGCAACCCUUUCUCCUCUUCUACAUUGAGGGAGCAUCCUACAUCGAGGAGACGGACGAGCGGUGGCAGCUUGUCUUAUUAUACGAGAGAAAGUCACGCGACAAAGCCAAACCGCUUUACUCGCUAGUCGGUUAUAUGUCCUACUACCCAUUCUUCUAUUACACACCACAAGCGUUGGACCAUCAAAGAGUCCGAAUAAGUCAGUUCGUGAUACUGCCUCAGUUUCAACGUAGGGGGCACGGACCUAAGCUAUAUGAGAAACUGUACCAGUAUUUCCUAUCACAAAAGCAUAUUGUAGAGAUUACAGUCGAAGAUCCUAAUGAAGCCUUUCAACGGCUCCGCGACAAGCGUGAUGUGAUCAUGAUGCUGCGGUCGCGUAUAGACCCAUCCAAGUAUCUGUAUCCUGCCGCUUCGAAGGUCAAUGGGAAUGAGCACAAGGAGUCGGGGGCUCAGAAAGACGCCGUAAAGGAGCUGGCGAGGAAGCUGAAACUGAACAAGCGUCAAACACACCGGUGCCUCGAAAUGUUGCAAUUCCGGACCAUAGAGGAGCGGGGGAUAUCCACGAAGGAAGGCAAGAAAGCAUUGGCUGCCUUCCGGGUUGCGGUCAAGCGGAGAUUGUUCCGACAAAAUGAGGAGGCUCUUUCAUCCAUGGAACGAAAAAAACGACUGGAAGCCUUAGACGAGACGUUCGACUCUGUGAUGGAGGAGUACGAGGCCGUCCUUGAACGGUUGGAUCCCGACGAAAUGCCAAUGUAA